CGGCGCGGAGGUGCGCUCCCCUCUGGGCUCGGCGGGUGCUCGGGCGGCGGCGGCGGCGGCAGCGGCGGCGGCGACGCGCACAAAGGCGGAUUGUGGUUUUGCUGGUGCUCGCAGUCGGGCGCGCCGGGGCGGGGGCGGGGGCGAGGGCGGCAGGGUGCGGCGGGAGCCCCCGCGGGCGCGGCGCGGGCGAUGAGCCGGGGCCCGGCAUGGCCUCCGCGCGGCCGCCGGGCCGGGUCUGCGCCUCGGUGCCCGCGCCGGCGGGGCUCCGGACCGGGCCGUCCGCCCUCGCCGCCUCCCCGGAACCUGCGGGCGGCGCAGAGGCCGAGGAGCGCUCGCUGCACCACAUGCUGCGCGCCAUAGCGGAGGAGCGCAGCCGCCUCAGCCUGCGCCGCGAGGUCUGCGGCCUCGGGUGCUUCAAAGAUGAUCGCAUUGUCUUCUGGACCUGGAUGUUCUCCACCUACUUCAUGGAGAAAUGGGCACCACGGCAGGAUGACAUGCUUUUCUACGUGCGCCGGAAGCUUGCUUACACGGGCAGCGAGAGUGGCAGCGAUGGGAGGAAGCUGGCUGAGGCCGAGCCCGAGGUGGAGGUGGAGGUGUACCGGCGCGACUCCAAGAAGCUGCCGGGCCUUGGGGAUCCCGACAUUGACUGGGAGGAGAGCGUGUGCCUGAACCUCAUCCUGCAGAAGCUGGACUACAUGGUGACAUGCGCAGUCUGCACACGCUCUGAUGGUGGGGACAUCCACAUUCAUAAGAAGAAAUCCCAGCAAGUGUUUGCCUCGCCCAGCAAACACCCCAUGGACAGCAAAGGAGAGGAAUCCAAGAUCAGUUACCCCAACAUCUUCUUCAUGAUUGACAGCUUUGAGGAGGUCUUCAGCGACAUGACUGUGGGGGAAGGAGAGAUGGUUUGCGUGGAGCUGGUGGCCAGUGACAAGACCAACAUGUUCCAGGGCGUCAUUUUUCAGGGUUCCAUUCGCUACGAGGCACUCAAGAAAGUGUACGACAACCGAGUGAGUGUGGCUGCCCGCAUGGCACAGAAGAUGUCAUUUGGCUUCUACAAAUAUAACAACAUGGAGUUUGUGCGCAUGAAGGGGCCACAGGGCAAGGGCCACGCUGAGAUGGCAGUCGGCCGUGUGUCCACCGGGGACACAUCCCCCUGCGGGACCGAAGAGGGCUCCAGCCCGGCUUCGCCCACGCACGAGCGGGUGACCUCAUUCAGCACGCCUCCCACUCCAGAGCGCAACAACCGGCCUGCCUUCUUCUCCCCGUCCCUCAAGAGGAAGGUACCCCGGAACCGGAUCGCUGAGAUGAAGAAGUCUCACUCCGCCAACGACAGCGAGGAGUUCUUCCGGGAGGAGGAAGGCGGAGCUGAUCUGCACAAUGCCACCAACCUGCGGUCUCGGUCCCUCUCUGGCACUGGGCGCUCCCUGGUUGGGUCCUGGCUGAAGCUGAACAGGGCGGAUGGGAACUUCCUCCUCUAUGCACACUUAACCUACGUCACGUUGCCACUGCAUCGGAUCUUAACAGACAUCCUGGAAGUCCGGCAGAAGCCCAUCUUGAUGACCUAGCUGUGUGCAGAGCCACCCACCCUGCCCGGCCCCAGGAGUGCUGCCAAGUGCCUACCUGUCCACCGCCACCGGGGUCUUCUGUGACAGCCCAGCGCCGGAGCUGGAGCCAGGCAGGGCCACUCCAUGAACACCAGCCCAAACGGAAGUGCCUCGUUCUCCCCCCUGACGGCUCUGUAACCCCUCUCCUCUCUCAUGCCCGUGUCACCCCUCAGCCCAUCUCUAGAGAUGCCAAGAGAGGCCACAAGAGGAAGCAGCCACCACCCCGAAUGUGUCCCGACCCAUCAGCCUGCUGUGCACACCCCAACAGACAGACAGACUGGCUGGCUGGCCAGGGCAGCAGUUGUGGGAGGGGUGCUUUGUGUCAGACUCCAGCCCUUCCUGAGGGAACCCAGUGUAUGAUUUUGUAGUGCCGUACCAAGGAACUCCAGCACUCAAGCCAGCCCCCGCCUCAUCCACCCUCCAGGUCACCCCGGGUCACAGAUGAGGGAGCUGGGGGCCCACGCUGCAAGACGGGAUGGACUGGCCCCCGGCAGGGGAGGUCUCACCCCCACGUCUGGGGCCAGAAAGGCUUCUGCUGGCCCAGACAGGCCCCAUCCUGCCAGAGCAGCCUUUGCUUCCAGCCAAAGAGCAUCAACAUCAUACACCUCCAGCUUGUGGACAUCCCGCCCUGUGCCAGUGGACAUCCCGCCCUGUGCCCCGGCUGACAUCACACGCGGAAUGCGCAUUCUGAGUGCUGCUUGGGGGGGGGGGGGCUGGGGAGUCAAGGAGAAGGAGGGUGUCUGUACCAGAGGGUGGGCGGGCAAGGGUGGAAUCGUCAUCCUCCCAGGGAGGGUCCAGGUAACAACCUCCCCUAGGGGCCACCAGCCACUGGCGAGGGGCAGGAAGACAGUCUUUCCUCUUCCCUGGCUUCCUUCCUUCCGCUGAGUGUGCUGGCCCAUUUCUCCGAGCAGCUCACCAAGGCAAAAAGGAACUGCGGUCCACAAGGCCAGGCCGGGGGGGGUCAGUGAGGAGCUGACCCGCCAUUGCGCUCCACACAGGGUUUCCAUCUGCAGUGACCAUGGGCCCCUUUCUGAACCAGGAGCCUUCUCUUGAGCGGAUGUGUUUGCCGAGCCCACUGGGAGUAAGGGGCCUCUUGCUGUGUGGUCCCUAAGAAUAUUGGGGGGGGGCUCUGUCACACGCACUUAGAGAUCUCUCUUGGGGGAGGGGGGUGUCUUUUCCUCCUGUAUGUUUUAUUCUGGGCCGGGAGGGGGGUAUUGUGCUGGGCUCUGGGAACAAGGAACUGCUUUGGGGCUUUCUCUAGGUUUUUGUAUGCUGUUAUUAAAAGCAAGCUAUUGCAUUUCA